AUGAAUACAACAGUAGCUACAUAUUCAGAACAUGUACAGAGCCGAAGAAGUUCCAUAGAAACUAUCUACAGCAUUCAAGGCAUUGAAACUGAUUUUGUGCGCGACACGUCUGACACAGAGUGGUACAGCGGACAGGAGGAGGACGUGGAGUAUGAGCCGGAUACGGCAGACGAGAGUGAGAAUAAGGCACCGGUCAGUGAGAACUCGUCAGGAGACGAGAUAAUCGAGACGAAAGUAAUAGAAGUGCUCGUAGCCGACGAUGGGGAGUUGCUCAUGGCGGAUUCGGAACACACGGUGUCGAGCAGCGACAGUGAGCUGGACCUGCAUGACUACUGGAACUGCGCGCACUGCGGCGCGCCCAACAACAACCCGCGGUAUAGACUCUGCGAGAAGUGCUUUAAGGUACGUAAAAACUUCUUCCCGCCGAGACCGAAGCGAAAACACAAAAUUAAAUCGAAAAGCGAACCGGAAUCCCUUCCGCGUACAUUCUCACAGGAUUCGGGCGUGGAGUCACAAGCACAAUGCUCCCAAGACUCACAAUUGUCCCAAAAUUCCCAAACUUCACAAAAUUCACAAAAUGGCGGUGUAAAACGUUCGGCUGAGUCGCCAGACAUACAAAGAAAAAAAUUCAAAAGCGACUUAGAUAGUUUGGCAUCGGAUUUCGAGGAAGACGCGAAUUCUGACAGACUUAGUACGAAAAGUCCGGAAGUUAGGCCCUUAGUUAAAAUGGUUAGUGAUCCUGCACUUACUGUUGAAAAUGUUGCGUCGGCGAAUAGGAACGUAAGUAGUUUGAAUGAAAAAGAUUCGAAAAUGUGUAUAGCUUGUGAUUCAGAACCUAAAUCGGGUGUGUUUGUUCACGGUCGUAUAGCUCAUAUGUGCUGUUGUUAUAAAUGCGCAAUGAAAGUUUGGGCAAGUACUAAAAGGUGUCCACUUUGCAAUCGGAAAGUAAGUAAUGUGUUGAAAGUGAUUAUG